CGGGAAGUGAUCCAAGAAGGAGGGACAUGAACAUUAUUCUGCGUUCUUCAACUUUCUUGCACUUACGCCACGGUCACUUAUGCAUCUCCUCCGAGAGAAGGCUAAAUCGCCUUGAAGUUAAGCUUACUGCUUGGAAGAAGUUGUAGAGUCUACAAUGUAGACUACAACUUGUAGUUCGCCUCAUUAUUUUGACUAUUUUUGCCAGUAACAGUUCGUGACCAGUGCAAUUCAGUGGAAAAGUCCUAAUUCAUCGGUAGAAAGAACUCAUCCUCGUGUAGUCUGGCUGACUUCAUAGCAUUGUGAUUGUGACUUUCAUCUCAAAAAAUGUCGUCAUUCGAAAAUGAUAACUUGGACGAUUUCUUAGACUUGCUAGAAAACGACGCAGAUGAAAAUGACAAGACUCAAUCGUCUGGGUCAUCAUCGGCUCCUUCUUCUUCAACUCUGGUUACGACUCCAUUCAAAAAACCAUUACAAGAAUUGACUUAUGAAGACCUGUUUGGUAGCCCAGAGAAGAAAAAAGCACGAAAGAGUGAGGAUGAAGAGUCUGGAAAUGACAGGACGAAAGUGGAAUCCUGUGCCAAUAGCGUCGUCGCCCAACUGGGGUCGAGACCGGUUAAACCCCUUACAAUCAAGACUGCCUCCAGCAGUGUUGGAGAGUUUGACACGUCCCAAUUAAUUAUCGAUCACUUUAGUCGAAUUCGACUGUUUAAAACUUCAAUCUCUCUAUACCUUGAGGAAGGGAUGACCCAAGAAUCUGUUUUGAGAGAAAGGAAUUUUGGCCUUCAGUAUGUCAGUCUGCUCAACUUUACCUUCUGGUAUCGAACCAAGGGUGCAGAAACAAAGAAUUUUUGGACAAGUGGAGUUCUUGUCCGCAAACAGCCCGGCGUUAGGAAGAGUGCGAAAGGCAACGAAUAUUCACUUUGGGAAGUAAACGAUCUCAAACAACUGGACAAGUCAUGGACUCUCUUUCUAUUUUCUUCUGCAGUGUCUGCCCCAUCGUUAGCUGAUAUACGAGUCGGUUCCCUUAUUGACAUCACCACACCAUCAGUUAUGGAUUCCAACAAAGGAGGACCGAUCAAGUUUUCCAUCAACAAUUCUAACCAAGUUCGACUUGUGGGCUCUGCAAAAGAUUUUGGCUUUUGUCAAUCCAAAAGAAAGGAUGGGAAAGAUUGCACUGCUGUCGUGAAUACUUGGGAGUGCUGUACAUGCAUUCAUCACGCUACCUCGGAACUGAAAAAAAUGAAGUCUGGUGCAAGUAGUAAAAAACGAGAACGAAAACCUGGCGUUUCAUUUGCUCAGGGCACUGCAUUUGAUCAUCCUCCGCUCAACCUACAUGGAGAAGGAGUUCGUACUGUUAACUUUGGAAAACCGGUAACUGGACUUUCGAAACAAUCCUCGUCUUUUACUUCCGCACCCAAAGUGCCAAUAAAUCUUCCGGGUAAGGGUUUGACCAGGAUGGAAUUACAAGGCUCCAGCGUUUGCAGCGAGGUUAAAAGAAACUCUCUGAGCAUCGGAAAUGCUACGAGCGUGUCCUUUAAGAAAGAAAAUAAUCAACUUUUGGCAAAGCUUCCUUCUAUAGUGAACCCUGUACCUAAACCAGCCCUAAAUUUAGACCCUUUUAAAACCCGACAUUUGACUGAGAAAGAUCGGCUCAUACUAUCCGCUCUUGGCAGUCCAUCCAAGUCUGCGGAAUUAGCUGAAAACAAUGAUGAUGAUGGUGAUGAUUCGACAAGUCAACAGACGUCCAAAAAAGAUAAGAAAUUACAAAAACAGCAAUCUGUGAAACCGUGUAGUGCUGAAAUUGCAUCCAGAAUUGUCUCUAAUCCAACAUCAGGAUCGCUGAAUUUCAUGAAGUAUUUAACAGUGGGAAAGGAUAAAAAUGGUCAGAAAACUUCAGAGUACAACCUUCAUGACACUAGACGAAAGGAAGCCGAGCCAAUUUCAAUGACGAGGGAAACAUUGAGAAACAUGAAGAAAGCAUUGGAUCUCGUCAAAUCGAAGGGACCUAUUCAAAGGAAGGACCCAAAUGGGGGCAUUCAGAAAAGAAAAUCCCUCCCAAGUGGCUUAAAGAUAAAUGACAACUCUUCAUCCAUCAGUGCAAGCGGUAGUGGUGGUUCCUCAAGCUCAAAAACUUCAGCUUCGGGAUCUUCCUCAAGAGGCGGCUUGGAAGUUGAAUUUGAUUUUGAAUCGGAUGAGUUCAAGAAUAUUUUGAAUGCCAAAUCCGUUUAUGAUGAGCAUACGACUGAUUUAGUUCAAGCAGAGUAUUUUGACAAAUUGGUGAAGAAAGAAGCAAUUGAAAAUAAACUGCUCAAUACUUUUUCUAUCGCCACGAAUGCUGUGAUGUGCAAACAAUGCAAAUAUGUGGCACUUGGACAGUCGGAGUACUGUAAAGAACAACAUCAUCAAAUCCGUGUUGUAAAGGCUACCAAACGAUUCUUUAAAUGCAAAGAUUGUGGGAAUCGUACCAUGUCAUUGGACAGAUUACCAAAACAUCCUUGUAAGCAGUGUAACAGUUCCAAUUGGCUGGCUGCUCCUGUUGGGAAAGAGAAAACCGGGCCUAUCCUCCCCACCGAAGUGCUUUCCCUUCGUGGACAUGAAGAAAAGUUUAUUGGCACAUCAGGUUCCAAAAUGUUUUUAAACCUCGAAGUUUCGUAGAGUGUUGGAUUAAAAGUUGAAUUUCUCUGUGUUAUUCGGUUUGUAAAGUUUUCAGAAAUUAUUAUAACAAAAAACGAUGUACACAAGAAUAAAAUAUUAUUUGUCCUAAAUAUCAUAAAA